AUGGACGCACUCCAUCCAACAUCUGAAUGGGAGAGUGUUGACGGCAAAUGGUUCCGGAAGACACAGUUGUAUACCGAGGUCUUUGAACAGGAUCGGGACUUGGAUAAUUUCAUUGUCGUGGGAGCUCCCUUUGCUGGGGCUUUAGCACUAUGGCGCGACGAUACCAAGCUCCAGGCCUACCAGCCAGGGAAGUCGUCCAAGCCUGCAAUUGAAUUAUACAGUCUUGCGGGAAGGAAACUGCGUUCUAUCCCCUGGGACAAGGGUUCGAUCAAGAGCUUAGGAUGGUCCGAGGAUGAGUCUUUGCUCGUUGUCACUGAGGAUGGCAGCGUUCGUUGCUAUGACAUCCAGGGAGAUUUCAGCCACUUCUCCCUUGGUCAUGGGGUGGAGAAUCAUGGAGUGAAGUCAUGCCGCUUCUAUCCUGAUGGAAUGGUUGCCCUUCUUGGGAACAACACAUUGGUCGCAGUCUCGACAUACAAAGAGCCGCGACCCAAGCUUCUCGCGACACCUCCAGAGGGCGAAAUCCAUUCUUGGGCUAUCAUAUCCCCAGAUCACACUUUGUCACGAUCCGUCGAGGUUCUUUUGAGCAUCGAGAAGACAGUGUACGUUGUUGAUGCUACAGAGUGCGAUGACAGGUUCCUUGACAUAGGUCCAUUCUCUCAUAUCAGCGUGUCUCCUGAUGGGAGAUUUGUGAACUUAUAUGGAGAGAACGGAAAGGCGCAUAUUAUCUCUAGCGACUUCCAAGAACGGAUCUUUGAACAUGACUCCGACUCGCAAACCCCUCCCAAGUAUGUCGAGUGGUGUGGCAGCGAUGCCAUUAUUGCAUGGGAAGAUGAGGUUCAUGUGAUUGGAUCUGGAGAGGCCAGCAUAUCCUACAUCUAUGACAGCACGCGCGUUCACAUUGUAUCAGAAUAUGAUGGUGCGCGUCUUGUUACAAAUGAUUUCUGUGAGUUCUUGGAGAGAGUUGCCAAGGAAACCCAGGAGGUCUUUGGAAAUGCCUCCGAUUCGUCUCCGGCCUCUAUCUUGCUAGAUGCUGUUGGUCAGCUGGAGAUGGAGUCUCCCAAGGCUGACGACUACAUCCAGCUGAUCCGACCAAAUCUGACCGAGGCUGUCGACACCUGUGUCAACGCUGCAGGGCGCGAAUUCGAAGUUUACUGGCAAAAACGUCUUCUCAAGGCAGCCUCGUUCGGAAAAUCAGUGCUCGAUAUCUACAACAGUGACGACUUUGUUGACAUGUGCGAAACUCUGCGAGUCCUCAAUGCUGUCCGAUUUUUUGAAGUCGGUCUACCGCUGUCGUUUGAGCAGUUCCACCGUUUAACGCCUGAGAGGCUGGUCCGGAGGCUGCUGAAUCGGCAUGAAUACCUUCUGGCAUUGAAAGUAGCAGGUUAUCUCAAGCUACCCACUAACAACAUCUAUGUGCACUGGGCAUCCAGUAAGGUGCGGAUUGGUGCCGAGGACGACGAGACUAUUUGUCGACUCAUCGUUGACCGACUCAACGGGAAGCCAGGCGUUUCUUUUGAGGAGAUCGCUCGAGCCGCUUACCAUGAAGGCCGUGGGCGGCUCGCCACAGAAUUGUUGAACCACGAGCCUCGAGGAGGCCGACAGGUGCCUCUACUCCUAGACAUGGAAGAGGACGAGUUGGCCUUGGACAAGGCCAUCGAGAGUGGUGAUACAGAUUUAAUCCUCUCGGUGGUUGUCCAGCUCAAGAAGAAGCUCCCGCUCGCUGGAUUCUUUGACGUCAUCAGCGCACGCCCAACAGCUGCGGCACUUGUGGAAUCCUCGGCCAGCCUUCAAGGCGACCAUGCUCUCCUCAAAGAUCUAUACUACCAGGAUGACCGAAGGGUCGAUAGUGCUAAUGUAUUUAUCCGCGAGUCACUGAAGCAACCUAGCGCACGCACGGCGUCUGAUAAGCUGGCAUUGGCAGCGAAACAAUUGUCUGACUCCAAGGAUUCUGCGUUUGACCUGAUAGUCCUCAAAGAGGCGUCAGCAUUGCUUCGAAUACAGGAAACUUUGGACCGGGACUUGACAGACACCUUUACAGGGCUGAGUGUCAAUGAGACCAUGUUCAAACUCAUUCGUUUGGGUUAUCACGGCCGAGCGAAGAAGAUUCAGAGCGAAUUCAAAGUGCCCGAAAAGGUGGCUUGGUGGAUCAGACUUCGAGCGCUUGUGGCCAAGCGUGAAUGGAAUGAAAUUGAGGAAAUUGCCAGGGCAAAGAAGAGUCCGAUUGGCUGGGAGCCUUUCUAUAAUCUCAUCUUACAAGCCGGCAACCCCAGACUCGCAGCCAUAUUUAUACCAAAAUGCACAAAUCUUGAAGCAGGAGAGGCGAUAACCAUGUAUGAGAAGUGCGGCAUGCGGCUCAAGGCAGCUGAAGAAGCGGUCAAGACUAAGAAUGCACAAGCUUGGCAGAAGCUCUUGGAAGCUGCUGGGAAGACCACUUCUGAGGGGAGAGAGAUUGAGCGGCUAGGAGCCACAGUAUUCAAGAGAUAG